CAUGUAUACACUACAUAGAAAUAAUAAAUAAAAUACAACUAAAACCCUCUUUCGGUUACCCGCCCUACCAUACUACUCAUCUCCAUUUAAAACCCCUUCAAUUCAUUCUGUUUCCCAUACCCCCUAACCCAAAACUACACACUUUAUUAUUGUUAUUAUUUUCUCUACACCUAAGGAAAUAAAAAUAAAACCACACUACACCACACCACAACCCAUUAAUUUUAUUAUGUUAUAAAUUUAUAAUAUAAAGUUUCAUGAAACAUACAUUCAAUUCCUACACAACACAAAUUAAACACCAUUAUUUUUGUAACAACAUAUAGUAGUAAAUAACAAUAUGUCUCAAAAUUAUUGUUUGCUUUCCUGCAUUGCUUUGAUUUCUCUCUUAUACUUUGCUGCUGCUGAUAGUCCUUAUAGGUUCUUCGAUUGGCAUGUCACCUAUGGCCAUGUCUAUCCUCUCGGUGUUCGACAACGGGGGAUACUAAUCAACAAGCAAUUCCCAGGUCCAGAUAUAAUUUCAGUGACAAAUGAUAAUCUUAUUAUCAACGUAUUUAAUCACUUGGAUGAGCCCUUUCUCAUUUCUUGGGAUGGGAUCCAACAAAGGAAGAAUUCAUUUGAAGAUGGAGUGUAUGGAACUACAUGUCCAAUUCCUCCAGGACAGAAUUUUACCUACAAAUUACAAGUAAAAGAUCAAAUUGGAAGUUACUUCUACUUCCCUUCUACAGCCUUUCACAAGGCUGCUGGUGGGUUUGGAGGAAUUAGGGUUCUUAGCAGGCCUCUCAUUCCUGUUCCCUUCCCUCCCCCUGCUGACGACUUUACUGUUCUCAUCGGUGAUUGGUACAAAACUAACCACAAGAAAUUGAAGACAAUUUUGGACAAUGGAAAGAGGCUUCACUUCCCUGAUGGGGUUCAUAUCAAUGGUCGACGUGCAAACGAUGCAGUUUUCACAGUCGAAAAGGGUAAGACAUACAGGUUUCGGAUAUCAAAUGUUGGUCUGCAAAACACACUCAACAUUAGAUUUCAAGAUCAUAAGAUGAAGCUAGUAGAAGUGGAGGGGACUCACACCAUGCAACAACUCUAUUCAUCAUUGGAUAUUCAUGUUGGUCAAUCUUACUCCGUCUUGGUCACAGCAGAUCAGGAGGUCAAAGACUACUACAUCGCGGUAUCAACCAGGUUCAAUGAUGUGAUCCAUACAACCACCGGGAUCCUCCACUAUCAAGGCUCCAACCACGCUGUAUCCGGCCCUCCUCCUGGUGGACCCACCACCGAAAUCGGUUGGUCCCUCGCACAAGCACGUACAAUAAGGACUAACCUAACAGCAAGUGGACCGAGGCCGAAUCCACAAGGAUCCUACCAUUAUGGAGAAAUCCCAUUGAGCAGAACAAUCAGGCUAAUGAGCUCUGCAGCUCAAGUGAAUGAAAAACAAAGAUAUGCUGUCAAUAGUGUUUCUUUUGUUCCAGCAGAUACUCCCCUUAAGCUAGCAGACUACUUCAACAUUCAAGGCGUGUUUCGUGCCGAUAGCAUACCUGAUCACCCUACGGGAAAAAAAAUGUACCUUGACACAGGAGUGAUGGGCGCUGACUACAGAACAUUUAUAGAGAUUGUAUUUGAGAACAAAGAGAACAUUGUUCAAACUUGGCACCUUGAUGGCUACAACUUCUUCGUCGUUGGGAUGGAUGGCGGAAAAUGGUCAGCAGAGAAGCGCGGACAGUACAACCUACAUGAUGCAAUAUCGCGUUGCACAGUACAGGUAUAUCCAAGAUCCUGGACCGCGGUGUAUUUAUCAUUGGACAAUGUUGGCAUGUGGAAUGUAAGGACUCAAUUCUGGGCACGACAAUACCUCGGAGAACAAUUUUAUUUGAGAGUUUAUACGCCUACGCGUUCACUCAGGGACGAAUACCAGAUACCUGAUAACGCCCUUCUCUGUGGUAGGGCUAGCAAGUGAUCUGUUGUACUUGCCAUGGAGAUAAAUUCAUUGUGCAUGAUCUACCAGACAAGGGGCAAGAAGCGUGAAUUGACCCCUUCUUGGGGUCUUAAUUCUUUAACUCAAGGAUUGAAUUUGUUUUUAAGAAAAAAUGGUAAACAACUUGAAUGCCAAGUUAAUGAAGGUGUUGUAUUUAUUCUUCUAUUUCAUUGCUCUUGAAACUUCAAUCUGAUCUUACAAUUCUUCAUAAAGUCCGUUUGUUUAGCGGUUAUAAAUUAUGGAAAUUGUAAUAAAUUUAAGUGUAAUUUUGUAAGGAACUUCAUGGUUAUUAGUCUCAUCACCAUGUCAACAGAACUCCAUCUUCAAACCUUUGUAUUUU